AUGUGGGUUUUCGUCGCGAAUAUCACCGAUGAGCUCAUCCUGGGACUGGACAUACUGCGCGCCUAUGAUGCUUCAGUGGAUAUAGGGAGCCAAACUCUGCGUCUGGCGGAAGAAGUAUCGCUAUGGAGUCCUAGGGCAGGACCCCGACCUUCGAGCUUAGUGGUGGCAAAUGGCCAUGUGAUACCCGCACGGAGCGAGGGAAUAGUUAUGGCUAAAAUGAAGAAUCAUCUGGGAGUAGAAAAUGGUCUAGUAGAACCAAACCCACAGGCCCACCCGCCUGAAGGAAUCUACGUAGCCAGGACCCUUGUUCAGGGCUGUCAAGAAGUACCAGUGAGGGUCAUGAAUGUUACCCACAAGGACCAAAAGCUCAGGAGAGGAUCUCCUCUGGCGCACUGUGAGCCAGUAACAUUCGUAGCUUUGCCCGAGGUUGGGCAGCCACCAGCACCAAGUGUAACACCGAAAUUAGCGGACGUGAUCACAGCCGCCAAGCCACACCUAAGCCCCGGAGAAUUUCAGGAUUUAGAGGAUCUCGUAUCCGAGUACGCCGAUAUCUUCGCACAAGACAAUGAAGAUUAUGGAAGGACAAACAGAGUAUAUCACCGCAUAGACACGGGAGAAGCCCGACCAAUUCGACAGCCACCGAGGAGAGUACCCCUGGCAAAACAAGCAGAAGUAAAGGAAAUGCUCGAAAACAUGCGAGGAUAG